ACUGGCUGAAGUAUUUCAGAAUGAUCCCACACGAAACAGUGGGGGGCUCGAUGUUGUGUGUACAAAUCUGUAAAUCGACGUUGGUAUCAAACGCAAGAUUCACUGCUGUUUGUGGGGAUUUGCCCAGCAGUUAGCCGAUUUGCGGAGCAAAAUCGAUCUUGUUCUGGAUCUGAGUAUUGCUCGUCAUUCUUUCCAUUUUGUGACCUCACGAUCGAGAUGAUGGCACGACCUCCAAAACAAAAGAAAAACCCCAUCCAAUCCGCCAUUAAUUCGUGGCUGGACUCCCUCUCUCCCUCACUCAUCGAAUCCAUCGCAACUUCACACGAUGGGCAGAUCAGCAGCAAUGACACCAAAAAUGUGCUCUUAUCCGGCGCCCCUAAGCGCUGGGUCGUCUAUGAGCCCAUGGUCUUGUUACCGAGCGGCAGUUUCACCACCCAACCAUGGCCAGCCCUCCUGUCCUCAUCGAGCCCCUCCCAAAAGGAAGCCCUCUGGACCGCCAUCCUCCACCACAUAUCACCCGCCAACAAAACCCCAUUAACUCACCUGGCGGUUAACGAAGGCAUCCCAUUACACCUCGCCCCCGGCCUCUCAACCACGGACGGUGAGAGCCCCGAGGAACAUGGAAAGGAGAACCGCCAAAACAACAACGAUGACGAGAACGUCCUCCGCUCCCCCACCCACCUGCACCCCCUCCACGGCGACUUCGGCCCAGCCCCCUCAUCCACACCCACCUCCCCCUCCCAAGCCGACUUUGACGCCGCCCUCUGGGUAACCACCAAGCAAAACGGCCUCGUCCAGGCCUGGGCACCAGCCCACACCAUGUUCAGCCGGGGCAACAUCAAGGAAAAAGCACGCCUCCUCUCCUUCCACGACCCAACCGUCAACCCACCAACCACCAACCCACCAACCGCCAACCCACCAACCCCCAACCCAACUACUACUACUACUACAACCCCAACCCCAACCCCAACCUCAACCGCCCCCCAAAGGACGAGCACCACCACCACCCUCCACGGCAAACACGCCAUAGACCUCUACGCCGGCAUCGGCUACUUCGCCUUCCCGCUCGCCCGCCUCGGCCUGCGCGUCCUCUGCUGGGAGCUCAACCCCUGGAGCGUCGAGGGCCUGCGGCGCGGGGCGGCCGCCAACGGGUUCUCGGUGCGGGUCAUAACACCCCCAGCAUCCCCAGCACCCCCAGCGGGAGAGGGGGAGGGGGAGGGGGAGGGGGAGGGGGAGGGGGUGGUUGAUGAUGAUGACGAUGAUGAUGUGCUAGCGGAGGCAAUGGCGGGCGGGGAGCAGAUCGUGGUGUUUCUGGAGGAUAACCGGCGGGCGGCGGGGCGGGUGGGCGGGUUUCGGGAGCGGAGUGGUGGGGGGGUGUUGGAGGUGGUGCAUGUGAACUGUGGGUUUUUGCCGACGAGCGAGCCGGUGUGGAGGGAUGCGUGGGGGAUGGUGGUGGCGGGCGGGGAGGCGGGGUGGUUGCAUCUGCAUGAGAAUGUUGGGGUCGCGGAUAUCGAGGCGCGGAGGGGGCAGGUUCAGCGGUUGUUUGAUCGGUGGGCGGCGGAGGAUGGGGAGAGGGACGGGGAGGAUGGGGGGAAGAGGGCUGUGGUGGAACAUGUCGAGCUGGUCAAGACGUACGCGCCGGGGGUGUGGCACUGCGUGUUUGAUGUGUUUAUUACUACUAGGUCUGGUGCUGGGGAAUAGCUAGAUUUCGUCGGUGCCGUAGCUGGA